AUGUCCCUCCUGCAGCAGUGUCCCCGGCAAUGUCCUCCGGCUGAUGCCGGCAUCUGUCUUCUGGGUUCUGUUCCCUGCGACGACGGGACGUAUGGGGGACGGAACCCGCAGGAAAUUUAAAAAUGUGAAAAACAAUGUUAUACUGUGUGAUUUUAGUGUAUCAAACCAUUUCACAUACAUUUUGUCCCGAGUGCUUUGUCCUGUGCCCUGCCUGCAUUUUUACCAUUCUUUCUGCCUGGAAACUGAGAAAAGUCCAUGGCGUCCCAAAAGAGUCCUUUUAGGUCAAAAGCGGUUUUAGAUCAGCUAGAGAACAGCGAUAGUAAAUCAGAACCACUUGCAGAAUUGA